UGUUGUCCUCCGAUGUUUGCGCUUGCUGUCUGUUGUGGGUUUAUGGUGGCUGGCCGGGUGAGGCCGGGUUCGAGGAGUGGGAAAGGAAAACUCGAGCUUACAACCCAGGCAGCGAGAUGGACAUUCUGAAAUCAGAGAUCCUUCGGAAGCGGCAGCUGGUGGAGGACAGGAACCUGUUGGUGGAAAAUAAAAAAUAUUUCAAGCGUAGUGAACUUGCAAAAAAAGAAGAGGAAGCAUAUUUUGAAAGAUGUGGCUACAAGCCUAUAAAUGAGAAGCCAUCUGGAGAGAUACAGCCAGAAGAAGAGGACCAGAAACCAUUAACUUCAUCGAAUCCAGUAUUAGAACUUGAACUAGCUGAGGAAAAAUUACCCAUGACUCUUUCUAGGCAAGAGGUUAUCAGAAGAUUGAGAGAAAGAGGAGAACCAAUUAGACUAUUCGGAGAAACUGAUUAUGAUGCUUUUCAGCGUUUAAGAAAAAUAGAGAUCCUCACACCAGAAGUUAACAAGGGAUUGAGGAAUGAUCUGAAAGCAGCUUUGGAUAAGAUUGAUCAGCAGUAUCUCAAUGAAAUUGUGGGUGGUCAGGAACCCGGAGAGGAAGACACACAGAAUGAUUUGAAAGUUCAUGAAGAAAAUACCACGAUUGAAGAGUUAGAGGCACUGGGGGAGUCUUUAGGGAAAGGCGAUGAUCAUAAAGACAUGGACAUCAUCACCAAAUUCUUGAAGUUUCUUCUUGGUGUUUGGGCUAAAGAAUUGAAUGCCAGAGAAGAUUAUGUGAAACGCAGCGUGCAGGGUAAACUGAACAGUGCUACUCAGAAACAGACUGAGUCCUAUCUCAGACCACUUUUCAGGAAGCUACGGAAAAGGAAUCUUCCUGCUGAUAUUAAAGAAUCAAUAACAGAUAUUAUUAAAUUCAUGUUGCAAAGAGAAUAUGUGAAGGCAAAUGAUGCUUAUCUUCAGAUGGCCAUUGGAAAUGCACCUUGGCCUAUUGGUGUCACUAUGGUUGGUAUCCAUGCCAGAACUGGCCGGGAAAAGAUUUUUUCCAAGCAUGUUGCACAUGUUUUAAAUGAUGAAACUCAGCGGAAAUAUAUUCAGGGAUUGAAGAGGUUAAUGACCAUUUGUCAGAAACAUUUUCCUACAGAUCCAUCAAAAUGUGUGGAGUACAAUGCACUGUGAGAUCUGUGUAUGGUGUAUCGAUAAUGAUAAGAAACUAAAGGAAGCAGGGUACAGACUUCUGGAAUUACCACCAGGAAUGAGGGAAGGAGAAAACUGGUUUCCAGUUCUCUGAUUUUGAACUGUGCUGGCUUUCAUAUCACAUCUGACUGCAAACUGACUUUUGUGUCUUGCUUUCAUUUUUGGUACAAAAAAUUAACUCCUGGAGGUUUUUCCUUGCAGGUUACGUGUUUAGACAGCAGACGGAGGUUUAAAACAACCUUUUCCCACUGGACCUGAAAGUCGUAGUUAGAUGAUUAAAAAUGAACAUUUGAGGAUGGAUGUAAUUACUUCUGUAAAAAAUGAUAAUUUGCACAUUGUCUUUUAAGUAGAAUUUAAAGAAAAUAUUUUUGUAUAUUUCAACAAAACUAUGGAACCAUUGAAUGAAACUUCAUAGUCCUUAAAUGUUGCUUAACUUUUGCCAUCUCGCAAUAGAAUUUGAAUGUAAA